AUGCCAAAAGGAGUUCAGCGCGAUGAGACCAAGUUUUGUGAGUUUCACAACGACAAAGGACAUACAACUGAAAAAUGUUUCGCGCUCAAAAAUACUAUUGAGGCACUCAUAAGAGAGGGAAAACUCCAGGAAUUCGUCUCCAGCUACAGGGAAUACAAGACGCAAAGAAGACGCGAUAGAAGCCCAGAUCGCGACCCGAACCCUAAUGAACAAAGGGCACAUCCCAGGAGAAACUAUAACCCAGCUCGUAACAAAGAUCGAAGAAAUGACAGAGAGGCUUCAACUGACAGACGUCAAGGGACUCCACCGCGAAACAGACAGCAAAUCGCGCAACAACAACGCGAUGGACUACCAAAUAACGCGGCAGGAGUUUUAGCCACUAUCGCCGGAGGAUCAGCGGGAGGAGGUGCGACUAAAUCUCAACGCAAAAAACAUUUAAAAUCAGUAAUGACAGUGCACGAUCAUGCUCGCCCUUCCACUUCUCGCGAUCAAAGACAGGCCAUAAGUUUUGACGAUGAUGACUAUGGCGACAUCCUCCCAGACCAUGAUGACCCACUGGUAAUCUCAGCUUGCAUGGCUAAUCUCCAGGUAAAACGUAUUAUGAUUGAUAAUGGUAGUUCAGCUGAUAUUAUUUUCUGGGAUGCUUUUCGUGCAAUGCACAUCCCAGAGGAACAUCUACUUCAUGGAUGUUCGGACUUAAUUGGCUUCGCUGGGAAAUGCGUACAACCCAAAGGCACCAUUGAGAUGUGGGUAACCUUUGGAAUCAUGCCUCUGGCUCGAACUAUCAAAGUACGAUUUUAUGUGGUUGAGUACGCGUCUGCAUAUAACAUCAUUCUAGGAAGACCAACCAUUGUCGUGCUAAAGGCAAUCAUCACUAUGCCCCACCUUCUAAUGAAAUUUCGUGACAAAUCUAGCCCGGUAGUUGCUAUUAGGGGCGACCAAAAAACAGUGCGUAGCUGUUAUAAUACCAGCUUACGAGCUAAAAUUCCAAUACAGCCAGAUGACAAAGUUAAAGCGUCAGUCAAUAUGACUGGUCUUGAUAUGUGCGAAGAUCUGCGCGAUACACGUCCUCAACCAGAUGGGGAAUGUAAGAACCCGCACCGUUAA